AUGAUCACUUCCGACAAGUACGAUGAGGUCAGCGUCCAUCCACUGCCAACACUCGUCGUCAGCGGCAGUAGCGGCACGCACGCCUUGUCACCAGCGCCACACGGACACGAACACGACACGGCCUCUCUCCUCUCGUCUGAUCCGGUCUCAGACGUUGCCUCGCCCUCCUCGUCAAGCCCAUAUACCUGGCCGUCCAUGAGAGGCCAGGCCUCUCCACUCGUAUCGCUCUCAGGUGGUCUCGACCCCUUUGACCGAGCCACGCAACCCACCAGCGCCCAAUUCUGGGAGCCAAGCAGCGCGGCCAAAGUCGAGGUCGACGCUCUUUCCAUCCCUCGAUCGACGUACGGCUCGGCCCUCUCGUCCAUCCUCCGAGAGAUGCAGCUCGAUGAGGACACCGAUAUCGCUACCAGCACAUCUGCGUUGCCGGACUUUCCUCAUACCCCUUCGCCUAGGGCCAAGGUGGUCAAGCCGAAAGUCACUCCUUCGCCCACGAACAAGAAGAUGCGAAGCUCGCUUCAGUCACGGGCAAGCAGCAUCGCUCUCGGCAGCAAAAGCCCUCUGCGAAGUCCAGCCGACGUUGGCAGAUCCGUCGUCGCCCUCGCCGCGGACCCCGCCACGCCCGUGAGCAUCAAGCACAUCCGAAGGCGGGCCCUGUCGCACUGGACGGGUCGCCGGCAGCCGCCUUCACCGGGCAGAGGGAAGACGAGCCACCACAAGAAGGCGCGCAGCAAGGUCGAGCGGUACGAUCCAUCCUGUCCCCCGCCUUGCCCUCCUCCUAGAGAGGCGGUACCACCCACGCCGGCCAGCAUUGUCGAUCUACUGCGGGAGAGCAGCACGACUUCGCAGGAGGGGCCGAGCCCGAUCGGGCCCACCACGUACUCUGCCCAGCGCGUGGCGCUCCGCCUUCAGUCCCGCAAGCACAAGGACAAGGCGUUCGGUGUCGAACGGCUCUUCAGCGACGUCUUGCCGGAGCAGGAAAAGGAUGGAGAUGCCAAACGGCCACUCACGGGAAAGCGAGUGCCGAAGCAGAGCUUGGGCACCCGACAGCGCCUGCUCAGUCUCUUCAAGGGCUCGGCAGGCCGGGCCGGGCCGGAGACAGCCGCGCCACCGCUCCCGCCGCAGCUCCUCGCGUCCAUCGUGGUCGCGGCGGAUCAGCCACGUGCUCCUGCCGAUAGCGUAGACCCGCAGGCAGGGCCAUCGAGCAUCCCGUUGCAGCUUGGCCAGGCGCCACCACGCAUCCCCUCGCUCCUGCUAUCGUCCGAAGAGCUCGGCGAGGGCGUGCCCAUCUUUGCGCCCUCGUACGCCGGGCUAGCUCCCGGCACGGCAGCUGCCACGUCUUCCAUCGCCUUUCCGACGUCUUCCAGCUCUCAGUUGCACGGACACCCGCCAAAGCAAGCCUCGCCGCGCAAGCGUCGAUCCUCGCUCUCUCCUGGUUUGCUCGGUGGAUCGAUGUCGCCCUCUUCCCUGCUCGACAAGGAGAUGGAACGCAAGAGGCGCAGACACGAGAGGCGAAUGGCUCUAGCCGCCCUCGAGGGCCUCUCAUUGAACGACGGUGCGACGGCCAGGACGGGGUUCGAUGCUGCACCGCGCCGGUCGGGGCGCGAGGAUGACGAUGAGGACGACUACGGAGUGCCGACUGUUGAUGAGGUGCAGCAUCGGCCUCUCAAGAGGUAG